AUGAAGUUUGUUUCAGUUUCAAAACAUUCUAAUAUUCCUGGAGAAAUAGACAUUUUUUUAGGCAACAAUUAAGGCAACUCAAACGCUUACACAGAUAGUUUAAAUACUAAUUACUUCUUUAAUGUACAUCCUAAUGCAUUUUAGUAAGCCCUUGUUUAUUUUAGUCAUAUGUUUUUUGAUCAUAAAUAUAAAUAAAAAAAUGUUGAAAAAGAAAUAAAUGCUAUUCAUAGUGAAUAUUUGAAUACACUUAAUCAUAAUAAUUAUAUUGAUUUGUAUUUUUAUUAAAUUAUUUCCAAUUAAAAUCAUUUUUUUUCUAAUUUUACUUGUGGAAAUAAUAAAACUUUAAAUAAAGAUAAUAUAUUAAAAGAAUUAAUAUAAUUUGAAAAAGAAAAUUACAAAUCAAACAAAAUGAGUCUCGUUUUAUAUGGAAAAGAAUCCCUUGAUUAACUAAAAGAGUAUACAAAAGAAGCCGAAUUCGAAAAAAUACCUUAAGAAAAUUCUAAAAACGAAGAAUUAGAAUAUAAAUAAAAUUCCGAUUUUUUUAAAAAAAUUUAACUUUUUAAUAAUGUAAUAUAAUAAAAAAAAAACUAUAUUAAUAAUAAUAAAAAAAAAAGAAAACAUAUGGAAAUAUAUAUAAAAUAUAAGGACUAAAGUUAUAUAAAUUAUAUCCAAAGUAUUUUCCAAAAAGACUACUAUUAUUAUUUAUUAAACGAAAACUAUAUAUAAAGUCUUUAUUUUGUACUUAUAAAUGAAAUUUUAAACCUUUAUUAAUUAUAAAUUUCCCUUACGUAAAAAGGAAUUUUAUAAAUAGAAUUUUUAUUAAGUAGUUUUUUUGAGUAUUUCCGCAAGUUUAAAAUUUCGAAAAAAAAUUACGAAAAUGCGUACUCUUUGUCUAUUUAAUAAUUUAAUUUUGAAUAAAAAAAUAUUUAAUAAGAUUACAUUUCAGAUUUGGCUAAAAAUCUUAAUAAUCUUAAAUUUUCUAAAUCGAAUACUAUUUUAUAAAAAAAAACCAUUUAUGAACCUUUUGAUGAAAAAUAAUUAUAUAAAUUACUCCAAAUAUUCUAAAAUCCACUUAAAUGUAUUUAUAUCUUCAAAACAUCCGAUUUCAAACCCUAUAUAGGCCUUAAAACUGACUUUUUUGAAAUAAAAGACUCACAAUAUGAGCAAGAAGUAGCUUAAUUUAAUUUAAAAUAUUCGAAAAUAGGGAAAAUUAAAGAUAAGAACAUGCUUUUAAAUAGCAUAAAUGGUCCAAAAUACACUUAUUAAUUAAAUUUUUCGAAAAUGCCUACUAAAUUUUCGUUAGUGGAUGUUUGCGGGGAAGGAAAGAAAUUUGUGAAAUCUUAUUAUUUAUUUUUAUUAGAAAAAAUAAAAAAAAAUAUAUAUGAUGAGAAAUAAGAUUUAAAACCUUAUAUUUAUAAUGAAUAGAAUUUUAGAAAAUAAUGUCUUUAAAAAAUUGCUUUUCCUUUAGUUUUGGAAUAAAAUAAGAAAUAUAAAAUAUUCUAUUUAAUUGAAAAAAAAAUGCCGAAAAUUUAAUUUUUAAUACACUUUUUUAAUAAUAAAAAUAUACAUGAUAUUUACAAUUAAUAGAAAUUAGAAAUUUAUUCGAAAGUUUUAUCGUCUUAUUUUGAUAGUAUUUUUGAAGAUAAUUACUUAGUGAACUUUUCUAUUGAAAGUUAAAGUACUAUUUAUGGCUUUUAAUUAUAAAUAAGUGGAUGGAGUGAUGGUUUUGGGGAAGUUUUUGGAAAUGUUUUUGAUUUAAUUUAAUCUUUUAAAGUUAAUGAUGAGGAAGGGUUGUCUGUUUUAAAAGAAUAAAUUAUUUUUGAGUAUGAAAAUUAAAACUAUAAUAUAAAAGUACUCGAUGAUAUUUUAUAAGAGAAAUUAUUUUUAGUUUUAGAUAGUAGUUAUGUACCUUUAAGUGAAAAAAUAAAUUUGUUUUCAAAAAUUAAUUGCAAAGUAUUAAAUCAAAUUUCUUUUUCAGAAAACUAUUAUUUUGAUGUGCUUUUUAGUGGUAAUUUGUAGGUUGAAAAAGCACUUUCUUAUACUAAAAAUAUGUUUGAGAAACUCAAAAUAAAUACAGAGUUUGAAAAAAUGUAAGAUAUAAUUUUAAAAAUAGGAAAUUUAAAAGGAAAAAAUCUUGUUUUUUAAUCUAAAAAUUAACAAGAAAAUGACUAAAAUAACUAUAUUGUGAAUAUUUAUUAAAUAGGAAAAAGAGAAGAAAAAGAUAUUAUAUAUAAUAGCCUUAUAAUAGAAAAAAUGAACAGUUUUUUAUAUAAAUAUUUACGAACGGAUCUUACAUUAGGAUAUAUUGCAAAGGUUUAGAGUUUAAGUAUCGGUUGUGUUGAUUAUUUAGCAGUAAUUUAAUCCGGGGAUAAAAAAUAGGCUUCCGAUGUAGAUUUGAUUAUUGAGGAAGGGUUACAUUUAUUUAUUUAAUAAUUAAAAAGUGGGAAUGAGGAAGAAUUUUAGAAAGAUUUGCAAAAUUUAAAAGAGAAAUUAGAAAAACCUUAGGAUAAUCAUGAAGAUUUAAUUACUAUGUAUUGGAAUAAGAUUAUUUAGUAAAAUUAUGGGUUUAGGGUUUUAGAGCAUUAUUUGGAAAUUAUUUAAAAAUAGAAAAUUACGAAAAAAGGGUUAGCGAAAUUUUUAAAUAGAGUGUUUUAAGAAAAUAAAGGGAAAGUAAGCUUUUAGGUUUUUCCAUAUAGUUUUUAGGGAUAAAUUAAAUAGAGCGAUAUUCCUUAAGAUUUUAUUUAAUGUGAUUUUAUUAUUUGA